GAUCAGUUCCAAAAUGUGGAAACUCCCGCCUUCCCAACAAAAACCCUUCUCCAUCUCUUUUGUGGUCUUGUAAAAUCAGUCAACACAAGAGAAGUUUCUCCAUUGUUGAACAAAUGUUAAUCAAAAGAAACGACAUAGGAUCAAGCCCAUACUACGAUCCUGUGUCUGAGGCGUCUUUUUUCAGUAUCAAAGUUUAUCAUAAAGGAUUGAUGAAACAUCAGCCAACCAAACAGUAUGCUGGUGGUGUCAUUGACUACUUUGAUUAUGUUGAAGUGAAGAAUUUCAAUCUUACUGACUUGAAAAGGAUGGUUGAAUUAUGUGGUCACCGGAAUGAUUCAAUAACAUUUUGGCAUAAAUGCGGGAAGCUUGGUAACAAAUGGAGAUUAGUCUCUACGGAGGUUGAAGCUCAUACCAUGGAAAAAUUCAUCCCCAAAGACAGAGUAAUUGAGUUAUAUUUUGAACAUUUGGACUCUUAUAUUGGAAUAGAUGAUCUAGUUGAGCUUGGUUGCCGAACUAGUCACAUUCCAGAGAAUGAAGAUGUUGUUGGACCUAUUGACAAAGAGCUCGAAAGGGAAAACAUAUCUUCCAGGGAUGAUUUUGAGGAUUCUGAAAAUGAAUUCUCCGAUGACGACGUGAUAAUUGAUAAACAAGGAUACUACAAACAUAGCUUUGAGGAUGGUAGAGUGCUUAUUAGUGCUGAAAUUCAGAAGCAGAUGUUACACGAAGAUGGGGAUCCUGAUUGUGUGAAAUCUGAAGACAACAAGAGUUUGGAUAGUGAUUCCGACAAUGAAAGCUUUGAUUUUCCAAAGCACAAUGCAAAGACCGAUGGAAAAAAUCCAGUUUUGGCUUUGGAAUAUUCCUUUGAAAGUAAGGAGGAGUUCAAAAAUGCUGUAACAACUCAUGAGGUAAAAGAAGAGAGGUAUAUUAAGUGGAAAAAGAAUGAUAAAGAUAGGAUGAAAGCGAAGUGCAUACACGACGAUUGCAACUGGGUAAUAAUGGCAUCAAGAAUGCACAGGGAUAACACAUUUCAGAAAAAACUUAUAGGCCCACAUAGUUGUCGAAAUUGGCACCAUCAUAACAAGACGAUAACUUCUUCAUUCAUUGCAAGGACCUAUCUUGAUAGAAUUAAACAAAAUAGGGGAUGGAAGAUAUCCGAGUUUAGAGAUACUGUUAGUGUCGAGCUUAAAGCUCAUGUUACUUUAACUCAAGCUAGAACGGCUAUGAAAAAGGCAACUGCAUUACUUGAUGGAAAUCUAAAAGAUCAAUUUUCCAUUCUUUGGGACUAUGUUAAUGAGAUUGACAGGUCAAAUCCGGGCACUUCAAUUUAUAUGAAGUUUACCGACAAUGAGAUGCCUAAUAAGCCAUAUAGAUUUCAAAGAAUCUAUUUAUGUUUUGCUGCUUGUAAAGAGGCAUUUAAGGUCUAUGGGAACGUGAAUUGGUCCUUGAGGGCAGCAAGGGUGGUUGUUAAUUGA